AUGGACUAUUCAGAUUCGGUCCGGUUGAAGGCUCUUGGUGAUCCCAGAGAUCUGCAGGAGGAGAACGACGUCUUAAGAUAUCGCCUGGACGCAGCUAUUUCCAAGAUCAUGAAGCUUCAAAGUGCCACGGAUCAGAUAACAGACGUGGAUAUAGGGAGAAGAGUCGAAAGUCUCCAGGACGCCAUCCAAUGGUGGGUCAACAGCGUCGGGAAAGACUUGAGAAAAAGGUCUCGAGACUUCAGGAGCAUCUUUCACAGAGCACUUGAUCGCAAGGACCAAGCCUCGAUUAUUCGCGAGCUUGGUCUUGCCAAUGAAAGCUGUCAUGACUCGGAUGUCGAGUGGAUUAUGUGGCUGGUGAAUCUCAGCACCUGCAUUUACAUUGUCCUUGGCCGUCACAUCUGGGAAUAUCUUUCCGAAAACAUCUUCAGCGAGACCUAA